AUGAGAUCUAAUCAUUAAUACAAUUAUAAUUAUAAAUUAGACUAAAUAUUUUAGAGAGAGAAGUAACUAUUCAUAGUAAAUAGGUCAUACGAUCUCCAUUUGAAGAAGUUGAAUGAAAUCAAAAGCAAAAAAACAUAAUCUUAAUAGAGAGUCUAGCAUUUCGAAAUCCUCGAAAAAAGAAAUAAUUUGCGAUAGCAAAGGAGACGUUUCGAUUUAAAUGGUACACAUGAAUCCAUUAUUUCAAUAGAAUAAUCUGAGCGUAUAAAUAAGGGCAAUAGCCAAUUGUAUUAAAAAAUAACAGAAAUUUGCAAUAGACCCAUGUAAUAAGAUUACUAUAAAUAUGAAGAUGAAAAUCUACAUCACCCUCAUAAUCUAAACUUAACUUUUCGUAAGAAUCAAGCUUAAUAAAUACAAAAUGAAAAUAUUAAAAUAGCUGAUCGUCUAAUGAAAUAAGAACCAGUCUUGAAAAUAGAAGAAUUUUCACAUUCUUAUAAAGAAAAUAAGAGGUUGAUGAUGAGAUUACAACGAUAUCAGCAGUGCUAAAAUUAUAUGAAUAUUAUCAGGUAACAAUAAUCAUAUUAUAAAUUUUAGAAAUAAUAUGACAUAUUCUUAUAGAGAUUCUACAAAUAAUAGUUCAAUAUCUUCAAAAAAAAAAGAAAAACAAUAGUUAUAAUUUUAGUUGUAGCCUAUUAUUAAGUAAUUAUUAAUAUUAAAUUAACCAUAGUUACAAAGUAAAAUCUGUUGAAGCUUGUGAUUUAGAUAAAUUAAAGGAAAGUAAAGUCAAAGUUGAAUAAUAACAAGAAAUUGAGUAAUUAAAAGACUAAUAAAUUAAACAAUAAUUAUCAGAAAUCCAAUAAGUAAACGAGGAAUCUUAGAUUGAAACUAUUAGAUAAGAUGAAUCUGUUGAAUAAUAGAUAUAAUCAUAAAUUGAAAGAUAAGUUAAGUAAUAUUAAGAAGAACAAAGUGAUGAUAUUGAAUAAUAAUAAAAAUGA